AACACAAUACAAAUACAAGCUUCUCCCAUUUCUGUUCAAAUCAAAACCCUAAACCUCACAAAUUUCACUACCCCUUCUCAACCCACACACCACCGUCGUGGUCACUGAAUGGACGCUCCGGCGAGGGCUUCCGCUUCAUCCAACGGUGCAGUUCGCUUCCCUCUGUCUCCGACCACCGCAUUGAUCAUUCAGCAAGGUGACAUCACCCAAUGGUCCAUCGAUUCUUCCUCCGACGCCAUAGUAAAUCCUGCAAAUGAGAGAAUGCUUGGAGGUGGCGGCGCCGACGGAGCUAUACAUAGAGCUGCUGGUCCAGAACUUCUUCAGGCAUGCUACAGUGUUCCGGAAGUGAGGCGUGGCGUUCGCUGCCCCGUAGGGGAAGCGAGGAUCACACCGGGUUUUAGAUUGCCUGUUUCUCAUGUUGUUCAUACUGUUGGACCAAUCUACCAUUCUAAUAGUGACCCUGCUACCUCUCUGGCUAGUGCUUACAGGAAUAGUUUGAGGGUUGCAAAGGAGAAAAACAUUCAGUAUAUAGCGUUCCCUGCCAUAUCAUGUGGUGUCUAUGGAUAUCCUUAUGACGAGGCUGCUACAGUAGCAAUUUCUACCAUCAAGGAGUUUCAAAAUGACUUCAAAGAGGUCCACUUUGUUCUGUUCUUGCGUGAUAUUUAUGAAGUUUGGUUAAAUAAGGCUAAUGAUUUGCUGAAAGAUGAGAAUUCUGCUCCAUGAGCUACCUGUCUAAAGAAUUGAGUACCAGAAUCAUCUAGAGUGCUGCAACAAUGCAUUAUCAGAUUUCAAUCGUUCUACGUUAGAGAAAUGUAAAAGCUGAAUAACCCUGUACUUGAGAAUGUAAUCAUUCUUUAGAGAAUAUCUAAGGUGACGCUGAUUGCUAUCUUAUAUUAUAUAAUGUGAUUGCUAUUUGCUAA